ACGACGGAAUCCGGCCAAUCCCCGGCCGAGGGGGGAGGAGUUGCGGAUGUACUUGUAGGCAAGUUAGUGCGACGCAGCAGACCGCAGCGAAAACCUUCAAAGCCUUUUUCCUCCGUUCACUCCGCCACACUUUGUCUCGCUUGUUACUGGAAGCAACCAUGACGAAGGAUCCAAACAAGCCCAGAGGCAAAACCUCAUCCUACGCCUUCUUUGUGGCGACCUGCCGCGAGGAGCACAAAAAGAAGCACCCUGGAACCAGUGUGGGCUUUGCUGAGUUUUCAAAGAAAUGCUCAGAAAGAUGGAAGACUAUGUCCGGCAAGGAAAAGCUGAAGUUUGAGGACCUGGCGAAGAAUGACAAGGUCCGAUACGAUCGGGAGAUGAAAACCUACAUCCCCCCUAAAGGUGCUAAAAAGGGGAAGAAGAAGAAGGAUCCCAAUGCCCCCAAAAGGCCACCCUCUGCCUUCUUCGUCUUCUGCUCGGAACACCGUCCCAAGAUCAAGGAGGACCAUCCGGGUAUUUCCAUUGGCGACAUUGCCAAGAAGCUUGGUGAGCUGUGGUCUUUACAGUCUGCCAAAGACAAGAUUCCGUUUGAGGCGAAAGCCGCCAAGCUGAAGGAAAAGUAUGAGAAGGAUGUUGCUGCAUAUAAAGCGUCCACUGGCUCAGGGAAGGCCGAUACCGGAAAGAAGGGUGGCCCAGGCAGGCCCAAAAAGCCGCAACCAGUUGAAGACGACGAUGACGACGAUGAUGAUGAGGACGACGACGAAGAUGACGACGAUGAUGAAGAUGACGAUUAAGCGGUUAUAUAUAAUGUUUGUAAUGCAUUAAGCUGAGUUUGUUCUGUGCAUAUUCAAACUGUAUAACCUGCUGUUGGUCCGCCUCUUUUGGGUAAGCAGACCUGUAAUUCCUUGUCCAAUUCAGGGAUUUAGUUUUUCCUCAAUUAGUCCCUUUAAUCAUUUCUUAAACUUGUUUUUGUGUGUCAUUAGAUUAUUGUUGCGAUAUUAAAACAGUUAACUUUUGA